AUGAUAAGCGGAGACAAGUCUUACUUUUAUAGAGUUGGAUUCUUCGGAUUGCAAGAUACUUUGUGGGAUAAUCAUGGAAAACAUUAUUAUAAACUUUGUACUAUUCAAGGUGCCGUUGAUUUUAUCUUCGGUGCUGGCCAGUCAUUGUUUGAGAGGUGUGGCAUAAAUGUAAUUGGAAGGGAAUUAGGAGAAGGAUUUAUAGGAUAUAUAACAGCGCAAGGGAGAGAAAAUCCAGGAGAUUCAAAUGGGUUUGUGUUCAAUAAUUGUAAUGUAUUUGGAGAUGGUUCUACUUUUUUGGGAAGACCCUGGAGACCUUAUGCCAGAGUUCUUUUCUACAAUACAAGUAUGGCCAACAUUAUUCAACCCGCUGGUUGGGAUCCAUGGGAUUCCUCUCAACAUGAGUAA